UUCCUCCCGUUGCCUCGUACACUUCCGGGAGAAGCGGAAGACAACAGUGGAGAUUCACAGCACCUUUGUGACGGAUUUAAAUAAGAAAACUGAAACAGACAUUCAGUUUGAGUCGGUUGACAACCAAAGACCUAACCUGUCGACAUGUUUUCCUUCCAGGUAUUCGACCACCCGAUGUCCCGGGGGUUUCAGAACCGCUUCUCCACUCAGUACCGCUGCUAUUCGGUGUCCAUGCUGGCAGGACCAAACGACCGCUCCGACGUGGAGAAAGGAGGCAAAAUAAUAAUGCCACCUUCAGCUCUCGACCAGCUCAGCAGGCUGAACAUCACCUAUCCAAUGUUGUUCAAGCUGACCAACAAGAACUCAGACAGAAUGACACACUGUGGUGUUCUCGAGUUUGUGGCAGAUGAGGGAAUCUGUUAUCUGCCACACUGGAUGAUGCAGAAUCUCCUGCUGGAGGAAGGUGGUCUGGUCCAAGUGGAAAGUGUUAACCUUAUGGUGGCCACUUAUUCCAAGUUCCAGCCUCAGAGUCCUGACUUUCUCGACAUUACAAACCCAAAGGCAGUGCUGGAGAAUGCUUUGAGAAACUUUGCCUGCUUGACAACUGGUGACGUCAUAGCUAUCAACUACAAUGAAAAGAUAUAUGAGCUGCGAGUAAUGGAGACCAAGCCAGAUAAAGCGGUAUCCAUCAUCGAGUGCGAUAUGAACGUGGAUUUCGAUGCCCCUUUGGGUUACAAAGAGCCUGAACGACGCCCUCAGCACCAGGAAGAACCAACAGAGGAAGAAGGAGAUCCCAACAGUUAUGCUGACAUGGACACAGGAUUCAGAGCUUUCACCGGUUCUGGCAAUCGAUUGGAUGGUAAAACAAAAGGGAUUGAGCCCAGCCCUGCUCCUCUUGCCCCAAGUGAUAUUAAAAGAGGUAUUCCCAACUACGACUUCAAAGUUGGCAGGAUCACCUUCAUCAGAAACUCGAGGCCUCAGCCCAAGAAAAUUGUAGAAGAUGAUGAUGCCAUGAACAGAUUCAUCGCCUUCUCUGGACAAGGACAGUCACUACGCAAGAAGGGCAGAAAGCCUUGAAGAACUCUAAGUGGAGAGGCUGGCUUAUGUCCACAAUUCCACCAUAUCUAUUGUCACCUUCAACAGCAAAGUAAAAAAACUGACCUUCAGAUACACUGGGAUUUUGCCUCUGUCCCUUUUGAAAUGGGAGUAUUGCUGUUGAGUUGGGAUUAUAGUAUGUAAUUAAAACUCUGAUGGUAGUAUUUGCUCAGCAGAAGAUGAGCUGCAUAAAAUGCUGUCAGUUUUAAUUUGGUAUUCAAAAGUUCUGGCUGACUGAUUUGAGCCAGGCAGAAUAAAUUAUUUCACCAUACCACCAACAAGAAGAACAACUUGUGAAGUAUUGUUGCAAUAUCAGAUUUAAAUAACUUUGACUUAGAGAAUUCCCCCCUUUUUCCAUAAUUGUUGCAUUUUUACAGUUCACUUUUAAAUAUACAGCUAUACAGAGUUCCAUUUUUAUGAAAAAAUGGGAGCAAUAAUAGCUCUAAACUUCUAUUUUUAAUUAUAUUGAAUUUUAUGUUCAAGGGUUUUUUUCUUAGUUACAGGAGUAAUUUGAGUUUUCCCUAUUUUUCCUGGUUUAUUUAUAGACAAAUAAAGGAAUGUGUUUUGAAGUUA